UGAACGCCCACGCCGCCUUCCACCAAAGGUGGAUCCUGCUAACAGGAGACUCUGGAUCGUGACCAUAGCGCCUCUGUCCCCAGCUCUGGGGAAAGCCUCAUCUUAGCAAGUGGCCCUCAGCGCACCCAGCGGAUCCGCCAGCGACGCGGAGGCCGCGCGGUUUCAUCAUUAAUGCUCCUGAAGGACAAUAGCUCAUCAAGCCCCACCGAAAGCCCAGGACCCGUCGCGGAGCCUGGGCUGGCGGGGGAUGAGGCUGAGCGACUCCUCCUAGAGGUGGUUAUGUGGAGAAGGAGCAAUCCCUUCUCCCUCCUCCUCCUCCCCCCGCUACUAUCCGCGGCCCGGAGAACUGCCGCUUGCCGCCAUUGACACGCACAGAUAGAACCCAAAGAAAGGCAAAGAGUCCUGCCCGGCACCGGCGCCGCGCGGGCCGAACCUGCGCCCUGGGAGCGGCGCGCGGAGGGCACCGGGCGCCCGGAGCAGGCGGCACAGCACCAGCAUUGAGUUAGUGCCGGGAGGCCACCGUGUCAAGCAAGCUGAGAGCAAAACUAAGGCAAGAUGUCGGGCCGGAGCGGGAAGAAGAAAAUGUCCAAGCUGUCGCGUUCAGCCAGGGCCGGGGUCAUCUUCCCGGUGGGGAGGCUGAUGCGGUACCUGAAGAAAGGGACGUUCAAGUACCGGAUCAGCGUGGGUGCCCCCGUCUACAUGGCUGCGGUCAUCGAAUACCUGGCAGCGGAAAUUCUAGAAUUGGCUGGGAAUGCAGCGAGGGACAACAAGAAGGCCCGGAUAGCCCCAAGACACAUCCUGCUGGCAGUUGCCAAUGACGAGGAACUCAAUCAGCUGCUAAAAGGAGUGACCAUCGCCAGCGGAGGCGUCCUGCCCAGAAUUCACCCUGAACUGCUGGCCAAAAAACGAGGGACCAAAGGCAAGUCAGAAACUAUCCUCUCCCCUCCCCCAGAGAAAAGAGGAAGGAAGGCCACGUCGGGCAAGAAGGGGGGCAAGAAAUCGAAGGCUGCCAAACCACGGACAUCCAAAAAGUCCAAACCAAAGGACAGCGAUAAAGAAGGGACUUCAAAUUCCACCUCUGAAGAUGGGCCCGGGGAUGGAUUCACCAUCCUGUCUUCUAAAAGCCUUGUUCUAGGGCAGAAGCUGUCCUUGACCCAGAGUGACAUCAGCCAUAUUGGCUCCAUGAGAGUGGAGGGCAUCGUCCACCCAACCACAGCUGAAAUUGACCUCAAGGAAGAUAUCGGUAAGGCCUUGGAAAAGGCUGGGGGGAAAGAGUUCUUGGAAACAGUAAAGGAGCUUCGCAAGUCCCAGGGCCCUUUGGAAGUAGCUGAAGCCGCCGUCAGCCAGUCCAGCGGACUUGCAGCCAAAUUCGUCAUCCACUGUCACAUCCCUCAGUGGGGCUCCGACAAAUGUGAAGAACAGCUUGAAGAGACCAUCAAAAACUGCCUUUCGGCAGCAGAGGACAAGAAGCUGAAGUCGGUGGCGUUCCCGCCCUUCCCCAGUGGCAGAAACUGCUUCCCCAAACAGACGGCAGCCCAGGUGACCCUCAAAGCCAUCUCGGCCCACUUCGACGACUCGAGCGCAUCCUCGCUGAAGAACGUCUACUUCCUGCUCUUCGACAGCGAGAGCAUCGGCAUCUACGUGCAGGAGAUGGCCAAGCUUGAUGCCAAGUAGCCGCCCCGCGCCCACUG